UGUCUGCUGUCUCGAAGUAAAUUCUCAGUAGCAGAACAGGAGGAAGGCAAAGUCUUUCGCAUCAUAUUCUCCGAUCCUCUGGAAAGUUGUAGACCACAUAAAUAUUAAAUUAUGGCUGGACAUAGUGAUUCAAGUUCGUCUGAGAAGAAAUCAAGUGAAGCUAUGAACGAUGUACUGGUUUUUAGCGCAGAGAAUAUGCAAAAUAAUACGAAAGUUAUAUAUUACAGCCGAACAUUUAUGUCUAUCAUCGGAGGGGUUAUUGCCGGGAUUUUAGGGUUCACAGGCUUUAUGGGGUUUGUCUUUUAUUUUCUUGUCAUGGCAAUUACUUCAAUUGGACUCAUAGCAAAGGCAAAAUUCUCGGUUCAUUCAUAUUUUGAUAGCUGGAACCGGAUUAUACUCGAUGGUUUCAUGGGUGGACUUAUGUCAUUCGUGCUAUUUUGGACAUUUGCCUACGACAUUGUGCAUAUAUUCUGAAGAACAACACCUCAUCGGAGGAGGAGCGGAGUUCACUGCCCCUGCCUUCGCUGCCGGCUGUUUGCUGGCAACCGAAUUCUUCAGUGUUUUCGUCGUAAAAACAUUAAUG